AUUUCGCUGUUUGACUUGAGGACCAACAACAGCAGAAUUCGCGGUACUGUACAGAUCGAGUGAUGAUGGUUGGAGACAGAGAAUCAAAAAUGUUUCGGGGAAGAAGUUCAAAGAUAACAGGCACCAUGAAGACUUGGUCUGGUCUUGGCAUGAAUGGCUGCACUUCCAUUUUUGGAAGCGGCGCUAAAAUGUUCACCAUCUCCAGGGCAACAGCCUAUUGUUGAUUGUGUGCAUCGCAUUUCAUCACGAAAAUCAACAACUUCAACAGCGAACGCCGACAACCAUCAACCACCACUAAUCUGCCAAUAUGUCGGUCUCCGAGGAUCUCAUCGACUUCGAUAUCAUCGAAAACCAGAAAGAGAAUAUCCAGUCUCUGCCGGGAGGACGAUCAGCGCGUGCACUUGCAAGCAUGUUUUCACCGUCCCCCCUCCACAAACUCGCAACACCAACACCAUCCGACACGAAGAAUCUUAACGAUGCUAUGAGAAACGAAUACGAAAAUGAAUUACUGACCAUAUCGGAGUCGGACGACCCAUUAGAUAUCUAUGACCGCUAUGUACGGUGGACUCUCGACGCGUAUCCUUCAGCACAAGCAACGCCAGCAUCACAGCUGCUUCCCCUACUCGAGCGUGCCACGAAGGCGUUCCUCAAUUCCUCACAAUACAAGAAUGAUCCACGAUAUCUGAAAUUAUGGAUCUCGUACAUUCGUUUUUUCUCCGACACACCGCGCGAAACAUUUGCUUUCCUGGCCCGUCACAAUAUUGGGGAAAGUCUGGCACUAUUCUACGAAGAGUUUGCUGCUUGGUUAGAAGGGGCUGGACGAUGGACCCAAGCCGAAGAAGUCUAUACCAUGGGCAUCGAGAAGGAGGCUAGACCGGCUGCCCGAUUGCUAAGGAAGUAUAACGAGUUCCAACAACGAUUCGCACAGCGGCCAGAUGACACGAAUGAACCAUCCUCUCCUGCUCUACCAACUGUGAGACCGGCUCUGGCCGCAAAAAUUGACCCCUUUGCGGCAGCUGCACCGAGAGACCCACAGGCUCCACGACCAAACUCUGGAGUUGGAGGAGGAACGUCAAAGAGUGGACGUCAAAAGCUCACAAUAUUUUCUGAUGCCGACAGUGCUGCGCCUGCUGUGGCAUCUGUGGAGACGAAAGGGUGGGAGAGCAUUGGAUCGCUGGCAGAUCGCAAGAAGGAAAAUAUGGUGGAGCCCAAGCCAUGGGUUGGUGAGACUCUGAAGGCGGGCGGAAAGAAGAGUAGUACCAAGAUGAUGGUUUUCAAGGAUGAGUCUCUACCUCAAUUCGCAUAUCCACAAGUUACAGAUCCCGCGCAGCAGCAAGUGACCGUAAAUCAGAAAGGAAGAACGGAACGUAUCCAUGUGAACCUCGAAGCCAUAUAUCAUUCACCAGACGUAGUGGGAUCUGAGCUUAGCUUGGAAGAGUUGAGAGCGGGCUACCGAGGCUGGCUUUCCAAGGUGUGGGAGCCAGAGAUAACCAAACCCAUUCUUGAUGAACCGUCAUUGCUUGAUGAGAUCCCAAAGCAAUCUCCUGCCAACAUUGAUACACUAAAUCAAGCUGUCAAAGAGAAACUCGUUAUUGCUCGUGAUCCCGUGUUAGACGAGAAUGGGGCUGCUAAAGAACCGUCGAGAGGAGGUAGAGGCAGAAGGAUGAAGAUCAAAGAGGUCAACGAGACCCAAAUCAUAAAAGCAAAACUUUCAUCUCCUUCGGGGCCGAAGAUGACGAAAAGAAAAGCAUCCAAGGAACAAACAAUGACACUUCAUACUCGAGCAGCAACUGACGACAUCUACGACCUGUUCAAUCAGCCAUUGAAGUCAGCAGAAGACGAAGAGGAAGAAGAAUCGUCAAGUGACGACGAUGAUGGUGAUAUGACAGACGGUGACUAUACUAGUGGAGGAGAAAGUACGGGGACUGGUCGACUUCUCACAACGAGCGAGGCUGGUGAUGAUGAGACCUCAGAUGUGAAGAGUGUGAGCGAAUGGUCAGAAUUCACUGCACGGAAGCACAUACCAAAUUUGGAUGAUGAUAAUGAAAACACCCAAGCUUCGAGAUUCACAGAAUCGAAUGAAGACCUGGAAGUCAUCGAGGCAGAGAUACCAGACGAUCCAGAGGAAGAAGAGCUGGUGACGCCAAUCUCGCCGGAGCUUCCAACGACCUCGAGGACGUCUUUUGUUCCAAUUCCACCUGAAGAUUACGAACCCCCAACUCGUCCUUAUCGAGAUCCUGUCCAAGUAUCUCAGAAUCGGCUACCUUUCAUGACACCAAUUGCUGAGAAAACCGAGUCUUCCCUGGGACUACCGACAAUGAGACAAGAGAAGGAUUAUUUCUCUUCCAAGACACCAAGUAAGGAGAACGGCUCAAGAAAACCACCUGUGAGACCAAUCGAUGGCCUCGGCAGCAGCCCGUUUAAGGAGAUCGUCAAUGAAGCUGUUCCUGUUGACAGAAUUCCUCAACCCCUACUCAACAAGAGCUUGAAGACCAACAAGACUGCUGCAAUUGCGGCCAAAGUUCAAGCAAGUGGUGGACCACUGGCAAAGGAGAUUGCAAACAAAGGUCCAAUCAUCAAAGAUGCUCAAUGCAAUCCUGUUGACGACUUUACCCGAAAUAUGAUUUUCGAAGGUCUGCAGCCUCCUCUGUCAACGUACGAAGGAUUUUUCGACCACAAAGACGAAACUCUUGGCCGUUCAGCAGAAAUCAGGAAAUACGCAAAGGCUGCUUCGAAAAUCCACAAAAAUGCCAGCGACAAAACUGCUACCAACCUGACCAUGCCACCUAUUCUCCGAUUUCCUGGUACAAAUCGACAUUACAUGUUGAAGCGUGAACUUGGUGCGGGCGCUUUCGCCCCAGUCUACUUACUCGAGAACAUUGAUGGCGAGGAAGACGAGCAACAAGACGAGAACCAACCACCUAAGAUGGGCAAAGGCACAUUCGACGCUUAUGGACGGAGAAAUCUCGAAGCGCUGAAAAUGGAAGAUCCACCUUCCGCAUGGGAAUUUUACAUGAUGCGACAAGCAAAGCGUCGUCUUGGUGUGUCGAGAGCAGCCGAGAGUGUCAUUGACGUUUACGAGAUGCACCUCUACAAAGACGAAUGCUAUCUCAUUGAAGAAUUCCGGGACCAAGGAACCCUUCUCGAUGUCAUCAACAUCUCACGAGCAGAAUCAACAGCUGCCGGACCAGGCGUUAUGGACGAGACAGUCGUGAUGUUCUUCACCAUAGAGCUUUUCCGCACCAUUGAAGCUUUACACUCCAAAGGCAUCCUCCACGGAGACCUCAAAGCAGACAACUGUCUCGUUCGCCUUGACGCCAUCCCCGACUCUGACGUGUGGACAACCAAGUACCGAAAAGACGGCACAGGAGGCUGGAACAAGAAAGGCUUCUCACUCAUCGACUUUGGUCGAGGCAUCGACAUGAAAGUCUUCCGACCCGACGUCCAGUUCAUCGCAGACUGGAAAACGGGUCCUCAGGACUGUGCCGAGAUGCGCGAACUCAGACCGUGGACCUAUCAAAUCGACUACCACGGCCUAGCAGGCAUCAUCCACUCCAUGCUCUUUGGGAAGUAUAUCGAUACCGUAGCCGAUAAAGGGGCGGGUAUCGGCGCGGGCGCGAAGAAGAGUUGGAGGAUCAAAGAGAAUUUGAAGCGGUAUUGGCAAACUGAGAUUUGGAGCAGGGCGUUUGAUCUUUUGCUUAAUCCAGGCACGCAUGUAGAGGGUGAAGAGGGGAGUAGGUUGCCGGUGUUGAAAGGUAUGAGAGGUGUGAGAGAGAGUAUGGAGGUCUGGUUGGAGGGGAAUUGUGAGAGGGGUGUAGGGCUACAGGCUAGUGUGAGGAAAUUGGAGGCUCAGUUAGGGGCCAGGAGGAAGUGAGUGGGUGUUGAUAGGUAUAUAAUGAGUGCAUGAGUGGCGUUGGUAUGAUUAGUGGAGUUGGACUGUUAUUGUUAGAAUUUCUGCUUACGAUAUUUUCUUGAGACAUUUCAGUGUUGAGGAUUUGCUGUGUGAAUAAGUGCGAGUGCAAAAGACACAUACAUAGCCACCCCAACUUGUGAUCUAUGUCGAGAUUUCAUACCAUGCCAGAGAGUUUGUUUUAUGGACAAACUUUUCAGGGAGAAGGAG